AUGAUUGCCAAAAGCAGUCAGUUAAUAUUAAGUGACUGUGGAGCUGGCCUUCGACGUCCAGAAUACACUGACAUCUCAGUUGACUGUGGCACCUCCUCCAUCGGCCUGGCUAUCCUCAUCUGCCCCGUGAUGUACACCGGCUACAACGAGUCUCUGCUCAUCCUCAACCACUUGUUUGAUGACCCACUAUGUCAGGGAACCUUGGAUGAGACCGUGACCCCACCGGUUGUCAGGUUCAACUUCCCCCUGAACAUGACCAACUCCUGCGGCAGCACCUUCAUGACCACGAGUGCAGCCGGCACGGGGAUCUUCUCUGACUUCUCCAACAUCCAGACGGUUAACGUCAGUGGCGUGGUGCGCUCUCAUGAUCCAACAACAGGGACAGUCACUUAUAAUGCUGAGCUCAAAUACUACUACUCCUGUGCUUACCCUCUGGAGUACCUCAUCAACAACACCCAAAUCGAUGUGUCAGCGUCUUCUAUUGCAGUGCAGGACAACAAUGGGAGCUUCAUCAGCACUUUGAGCAUGGAUCUCUUCAGUGAUGUCAACUACACAUCCCCUCUGAUCAUACCAACACUGGGCAUAGAGCUGAGGACCGAAGUCUAUGUCCAGGUCAAGGCAACCAACUUGACUGAUCAGUACCACGUGCUGCUGGACCGAUGCUACGCCUCGAUCUCUCCUCAUCCCAACAACUCCACUUUCUUCAACCUGUUUGUCUCGUGCUCCAGGGACCAGAUGACCAGUGUGCACGAGAACGGAGACAGCCACCACGCCCGCUUCUCCUUCCCAGCGUUCAGAUUCAUCGAGCAGCAGAACGAGACGGUGUCGACCUACUACCUGCACUGCAUCACCAGACUCUGCGACAUCGGUGCCUGCAGUGACUUUAAGCAAUGUAACAGCAGGAGGAGAAGGGAUGUUGACUCCAGCGUUUCUGAUAAUGGCCUGACAGAAUCCACCGUCCUCUCCUCGCCAGUGCCCAUCAUCACCAAAACUGAGAAUGAUUUGGCAUCUAAAGAGCAAGAUGUGUCCGGCAGUGGCUCCAACUCCACCGUGGGCCUUGGGAUAGCCGUGGGCAUCCUCACCGUGGCCGUCAUCGUGGCUCUAGCCAUGGCAGCUGCCUUCUACACAAAACUCAGACGCUAUUAA